AUGGAGGAGCCGACGCACACGGCCGCCGGCGGCGACGGCAGCAUACGGGGGUCCUCGUCUGCUUCUGGGGCAGAGCGGUGGUCCAGCCUCCCCGACGACCUCCUCAACAUAGUCUACCUAGGGCUCGUUGCUUGUGCGGUGGACCGCGUCCACUUUGCGGCUGUGUGCACGUCAUUGCGCGCCGUCGCGUCAAGGCACACGCCACGGCACGUCCUUCCUUGGCUGAUCCUCGACCCAAGCGGCCGCGACAAGGCGAAGCACUUGUGUUGCCUCCAAGCUGGCGUGGUCCUGACACGUUUCCAGCUUCCACACCAGGCCAUUGGCAGGCGUUUCGUUGGCAGCCACGACGGCGGCUGGGCAAUAAUAUCUUCGCCGCCCACCUCGCGCGGCUGUAUCCUCGCCGCCGUGACCGACAAGCAUGAAGUUGUGAUUUGCGCGCUUGGCGGUCCAAGGUGUGCAUGGAGGCCACAAAGCUUCUGCAGGGACAUGGUCGUUGAUAUUACCUUCUGCAAUGGCCAUCUCUACUGCUUCAGAUCAGUUACAAACGUGAUCGUCAAGUUUGAGGCAAGCUUGGAAUACGGUGUGCUCAUGUUCAGGCUCCAACGGCUCUAUAUGCAAAACGUUAUAGAGCACCUCUACCUGGGAGGCGAGUACGAUCCAGAGGCGCAUGCCGUGUAUAUUCUUGAGCUACGUGGCAAGCUUGUUGUUGCAACGAGGAGGCCCGGGGGACGGCGAUCGUGGUCGUCCAAUACCCAUGGUUCUUCUUUCAUGGUUUUCGAGCUCGUUUAUGCUGACACGGAAGGGACAGUGGCACGUCAUAUGUACAACUGGGAAGAGGUGACCAGCCUAGGCGACUAUGCCUUAUUCUUGGGGCCAGGUUGCGCCAAGGCGAUACAUGUGUCCACAGGUGAGCGCGACGGCCUGCGGAGAAACCACAUCUACUACUCUCACCACAUAUGCUACAAACAAAAAGAAUUGGUGCCUGACAACGCCCAAGAGUUCCUGACAAGCUCCAGCAACGACGAUUGUCGUGUUUACUACAAGGAAGAUGAAAUUGUUGACAACGAUGUCGAGGGGAUCACCUUGGUAGGGUACUACGUGUUAGGUGGUGGUCAUCCUCCCACGUGGAUGUUCCCUCCAGAUCUUUAG